CUCUCCCGGGUGGAUCGCGCCGCUGAGACCGGGCAGCCUGAGCCUGAGCGCGGACGCAGGGGCAGGUUGCUCACCGGCUCGCUCUGCCUCCUCCGCCACCGGCUGGAUGUCGCAGCGAAAAAAACCUUCCGCCAGGUUUAAAAUAGAGGCGACUACUUUAUAUUGAAUUUGUUUUUCCGGCUCCGGGCAGGAAGCGUCCCCCCCCGUCCGCCCCCCCUCCCGCCUCACCAUGGCUUCCAACUUCAACGACAUAGUGAAACAGGGAUACGUGCGGAUACGGAGUAAGAAGCUGGGGAUCUUCCGGAGGUGUUGGCUGGUGUUCAAGAAAGCUUCCAGUAAAGGUCCCCGCCGGUUAGAAAAGUACCCAGACGAGAAGGCAGCCUACUUCAGAAGCUUCCACAAGAUCACUGAGCUCCAUAACAUCAAGAACAUUACCCGGAUGCCGCGGGAGACUAAAAAACACGCUGUGGCGAUUAUCUUCUUUGACGACACGUCCAAGACGUUUGCCUGUGAUUCAGAGCUGGAUGCAGAGGAGUGGUGUAAGCUGCUGUGCAUGGAGUGCCUGGGCAGCCGUCUCAACGACAUCAGCCUGGGAGAGCCAGACCUGUUAGCAGCAGGGGUGCAGCGGGAGCAGAACGAACGUUUCAAUGUGUACAUAAUGCCCACCCCGAACCUGGACAUCUACGGGGAGUGCACCAUGCAGAUCACCCAUGAAAACAUCUACCUGUGGGACAUCCACAACGCUCGCCUCAAACUCGUCAUGUGGCCUCUCAGCUCCCUGCGCAGAUACGGCCGAGACUCCACCUGGUUCACCUUUGAGUCUGGAAGCGGGCCAUCGUAUCAAUGUGUCUCUCAGAUGUGUGACACGGGAGAGGGUUUGUUCACGUUCCAGACGCGGGAGGGGGAGAUGAUCUACCAGCGGGUCCACUCGGCCACGCUGGCCAUUGCCCAGCAGCAUGAGAGGAUGAUGGAGGAGAUAGAGAAGAGCUCCCAGAUCCACUCCAGAGAGACAAUAACCAAGUCCAUCUCCCUGCCCCGCAGCGCCUACUGGCAGCACAUCACCCGUCAGAACAGCGUGGGAGAUCUCUACAGUUACCAAGGAACCGGCCUGGCAAUGACUUUUAUCCCCCGAGCACAGACGUUUCCCAGCUUCCUGUCUGACGAGCCCGAGCAGGAGGAGAGCCAGCACCAGGAAGAAGCACCAUCACCCUCUAGUGGCUGUGAAUCCAGUUGCAGCCUGAGACCCCUUCAAUGACAGAGAGCUGCUCUGCUCGACCAAAUCUGGACUGUUUCCCCACUGCUGUAGAGACGAUGUAGAAAUAUGUAUAGUGACAUGUGUAAUAUAUCAUUUCCUGGUGAUUCUUUAGUGUCAACUGCAGAGCGAGUGGAACACGAGGACUUUUUACUAGAAAGGGCGUUUUUUGUUGUUGUGUGUUGUGUGACUGUAGCUUCAAAUAUUGCACCAAAAAUCCUUUGAAGUGUAGCUUUAAAGUGUUUUACGUUGUCAUCGUGCUGUUAACACCAGCACGUACGACCCCCUUUUUCUUUUUAUAUCCCUGCACUACAUCCUACAAGAGGGUAAAGGCACUAACACACCAAGGUCUGCUGUAAAACAAGCUUUUUUUUAAGAAAAAGGCUUUUGUUCUGAAAUUGACAAAAUCCCAUUAGGUUCAUUCCGACCAUUUGCAGCCUCAGCAAGUAUUUUCAGAAAAAAAAACCAAAACAAUUUUUGACACGUAAUCCGUUCCAAUCCGAAUGUAACUCUGCUUUUCUCAACUAUGUGGAAUUGAUAAAUGCCUUCCGAGGAAUAAAAAAAAAAAAAACGCUGGACUUUGAUAGCAGUGAUGAAUCAGCUAAAGCCUUUAAUCGGUUACAAGCAGCAGAAAGAAGAGGUCGUUCAGAAAUGUGCUUCAAGGACGUCGGGAGUGGACGGACGUGUCACAGAUGAUAGAAUGCAACCUUCUCACAGACGACUCUACUUUAAACUGCCAACCUCACAAAAACACACAGUACAGUUGGAGUUUAACAGCUUCCCAGCUCCUCUCUAACGUCAUCAUGGUUUAUUAGCUGUAGAUGUUGGUGGCCUGAAAUCAUAUGUGAUUUCAUUUGGGAAAAUAUAUCAUGUUUCACUGAGAAAACAACAUUGAUACCACUCUCUUGUCACUGUGCUUAAUGGAGCUACACCUAGUAGGCCCAGCAGGUAGCAACUAGCUUGACUCUGUCCAAAGCACCUAUAAAACUACAACUUUUUAUAACUUCAUGUUUAUACAGAUUAAAGAAAUGAGAUAUAUCUGAUUUGUUGAGAAUUUAAGAGUAGAAUUUUUGUUAAAGCUAAACUAAGCUUAGCUUGUUAACAACACCCUAAAAAUUAGAUGCUAGCUGUAGCUUUGUGAGUGGUGUUGACUAUGUCUCGUUAAAGACAAGCUUUGCUAAAUUAGCUGCUAGCUGUAGCUUUAUAGUGAGUGGUGUUCAACCUCUUAUGUUGUUAAAGACAAGCUAAGCUAACUUAGCUGCUAGCUGUUACUUUAUAGUGAGUCUUGUUCAACCUCUUAUGUUGUUAAUGACAAGCUAUGCUAAAUUAGCUGCUAGCUGUAGCUGUAUAGUGAGUAGUGUUCAACCUCUCUUGUUGUUAAAGACAAGCUAAGCUAACAUAGCUGCUAGCUGUAGCUUCAUGGAGAGUGGUGUCAAUCCUCUCAUGUAACAAACGUCCAUCUCCCUAAACGGUCCCAUAUAUUCCUUUGGAAACUGACAUAAGGAUUAAAAACCUGGCCACCAUGUUCUCCUCCAGUAAGAAGUGCCUUCCGACAGACCAGAACAGAAUAAUUAGUUCUUUACCUUCUGAACAGAGUUGUCCUGUUGGCCCCGGUGUGGAACCUAAGCGGACAUCUUUUCUCCAACACUUCAGAAGACUCUCGGUCAUCUCUUCAAAUAUUUGUGCUUCGGGUGUUGUAGGAUUCUUGUGGCAUCUCAAAGAAAGGUGCACGCUUUUCAAAUCCAAAAAAUUGUGGCAACAACAGUGAAAUAAAAUCAAGGAGGCAGCAAACCAGCCCUUUACAACCUCAAUCACCUUUUAGUUUUUUUUCUUAUUUUGUCUUCUCUUGGGUUAAUACCACGGUAAAUAAAGAUGGACAACAUGUCUCCCAUGUCCUCCCACUAUCCAGAAAUAUAGCCAAAAUACUCCUGAUACAAAAUUUGCCCAAUUUUUUAAAAUGAUAUUUAAAUAAGUAAUUACCCACCCACUAACAUGGAGGAAGUGGGGUUUAUGAACUGAACUGCAGCCAGCCACCAGGGGGCGUUUGAGACACUAACUUUUAGGGAGCAGUCAUGUCGUCCAUCUUUAUAAUCUAUGUAUUUAAAUGUAUAGAAGCGGAGUAGAUUAUAGAUUCCUGAAGAACUGGAUGUAAAUGCACUUCAUUUGUGUUAAAGUUUGCGUUUUGCCGUCACUUUAUUUUGUGUAUUUUAUUUAAGACAACCUUUAUUUGAAAUUGAGGCUAAAGACUAAAGUGCCCAUCUGAAAAAUAAAGGCGUCCGUCUGCAUCCCAGAGCCUGUGACAGCAGCGUGUAGAGAGACAGUUGACAUAUGUGGCUACAUAGUUGUCUUGAGGCUUCCUGGAGCUCAAGUGUGGUAAAUAAAUGUGUGUGUGUGAUCGUUCCAUGACAUCAGAGCUGCACUGACUGAAAUAACUGGAGGAAGUUAGUUGAUGUUUUUAUUUUCUCCAUUUGAAUAUUUCUGUUAGUUUAUCAUAGGUACGAUGUGUCUUUCGUAAUUUCUGUUAGACGAUUGUGUUCAUGUCCACCACCACUACCUUCCGUGUUCUGUUACCGUCAGAUUGUAUAUGAAAGGCACUUUGAAUACAUUGAGUGUUUUCACUAAAUGUACAUAUGUUAUGUUUUUGAUGAUAAAAAAAACAACAAAUGUAAUAAAUUGAAUGUUCUAUCAUGUA